AUGCCGACUAAAGUGUUCGUGACCGGAGUCACUGGAUAUAUUGGAGGUGAUGCCUUCCACCUGCUUCAGAGCUCCCAUAGCGAAUUCGAAUUCUCAGCGCUGGUCCGGGGUGAAGGCAAAGCCCAACGGAUCCGCGAGAAAUAUCCAAACCUGCGCAUCGUUCUGGGCGACCUGGAUGAUGCCGACAAAAUCACAGCGGAGGCCUCCUGGGCAGAUAUCGUUAUUCAUACGGCAGAUUCAUCCGAUCACGUCGGAGCAGCUAACGCCAUUGCCAAAGGAAUGGUCGAAGGCCACAGUGCUGAUCGCCCUGGAUACUGGCUCCACACCGGAGGAACCGGCAUUUUAACAUACUUCGAUUCCGAGGUCCGAAAGGUGUCCGGUGAACACGAUGAUAAGGUUUUCAAUGAUGGUGACGGCGUGGAUGAGUUGACCCAUCUCCCUCCAGCGGCAUUCCAUCGAAACGUGGACCAGAUCGUCCUGAACACCGGUACUGAGCAUGCCGCAAGUGUCAAAACCGUCAUCGUUUGCCCUCCUACAAUCUACGGCACAGGGCGAGGCCCUGUUUCAGGAAGGGGGCGCCAGGCAUAUGAGCUGGCAUCCUUAAUUCUGCAGCAAAAGUACUGUCCUCGGAUCGGAAAGGGCCUGGCUCGGUGGAAUAAUGUGCACGUUUACGAUCUGAGUAGGCUCUUCGAAGCACUUGUUGACGCAGCCCUCGAUCCAUCCAAGAAGAACAGUGCUGAAAUCUGGGGUGCCAAGGGUUAUUUUUUGUGUGAGAAUGGGGAGCACGUGUGGGGUGAUCUCUCGAAGUACAUUGGAGAGGAAGCCUUCAAGCUGGGUUAUCUUGCGCAAGAGCCUACCUGCAAGGAGUGGUCCCUGGAAGAAGCUGUCAAUUCAUCUGCUGGCUUUGAGGCUGCUAGCUGGGGAUGGAAUUCGAGAGGAACCGCUGUUCGUGGUCGCAAGUCUCUCGGCUGGCAGCCCAAGGAGCGGUCUCUUGAGGAUGAGAUUCCUGAUCUCAUCCGUGCUGAAGCUGCUAGACUGGGUUUGUGA